AAGGCAUAGCUGUUUGGGUUCUUUAUAUUGAUUUGGUUUGUGUUAAUUAUGAUGGCAAUAUUUAUGAUGCGUCUGUUAUUGGAAUGAUAACUGCUUUAACUAAUGUGAAACUUCCCGAAGCUACUUUUGAAGAAAGCAGUGGCUUAGUAAAAGCUACUGAAGAACUAUCAGUCUCUCUUAAACUUCAACGAAUACCAUAUUCAGUAACGAUUGCGUUGUUCGAUGGGCAGUAUUUGUUGGUUGAUCCAACUGAAGUAGAAGAGUCGAUAACGAGCGAACAAAUCUCUAUUGUUUUCGAUGAAGCUGGGCAGCUCUGCACAAUAUGGAAAGUUGGGGGAUUACCAUCUUCACCAGAGCACCUAAAGGAAUGCAUGAAUAUUGCACGAGAAAGAUACAAACAAAUAAGCAUGAUUAUAAAUAAUAGCCGAUAG